UGAAGCAGCAGGAAGCAACGAUGGAGCAGAUCCAAGCACAGAUGGCGGCAUUGAAGCGCCAGCGAGAGGAGGCGAAAGCUGUGGCCCUCGGUGGCGCUCCAGUGAAGAAGAAGUACCUUCGACGCGGAGAAAUCGAAGCCGCCUUGGAAGAGAAGGAGCGCAUGGAAGCCGCGGCGGCGGCCGAACGAGCAGAGCAGGAACAAAAUGCCAAGGAUGGAGAAACCACAAACGCUCGCAUUAGCAGCGACGGUGCAAAAGAGACCUCGCAAGCUAGCACCACGGUAGCUGAAGACACAACUCAAGACAGGAACACAUCGCAGCAGGCUCAACUGAACUUGAGCUUAUCGGAGAUCAAGAAGCGGUUGCGGAACUUGGGGCACCCGGUGACCCUCUUCGGAGAGACCGCACAAGAUCGCGCGAAUCGGUUAGAAGCUCUUAUCCACUCGACACAAGGUGGCGAAAUGGAGAUCCAGGCCGACAAAGAUGACAAGGAAGUCGAGACGGAGGAAAACAAGGACGAGAACAGCGAUGAGAUGAUUGUGUACCGGUACUUCAAGUCGAUGUUGAGUCAGUGGGAGCUGGCGUUGGGACAGCGCCCGGAGACGGUGAAGCGGACGGCGCAGGGUAAGAUUGCUACACGCACGAUGAAGCAGUGCAAGGACUACAUUCGCCCACUCUUCCGGCUCUGCAAGCAUCACGAAGUCCCGGACGACAUUCUGAGAAACCUAUUGGACAUCGUUCGAUAUUGCGAGAGUGGCGAGUUCGUACAAGCAAAUGACGCCUAUAUCAAGAUGGCCAUUGGAAACGCCGCGUGGCCGAUUGGGGUCACGAUGGUAGGGAUCCACGAACGCACAGGUCGUGAAAAGAUUAAUUCCAACAAGCAAGCCCACGUCAUGAACAAUGAACUCCAACGAAAGUACCUCACCAGCGUGAAGCGACUCAUUUCGUACGCGCAGUCGAUUUCAAACGUGGCCCCCUCCAAGAAGGUUCUGUAAAGGAAAGUAGCAACAAUUGACCCACCCUAUUCCUACGGCUCAUUCCCUUCUCAUCAAGUGACCGGUAACAUCGACAGAACAUGAAAGUUAACGUGCAAGAUGAA